GUGUGUCAGUGUCCGGAGCUGCUCGGAGAUGGCGGCUGUGAUGCACCGGCUUCUGCGCGGCUCCCCCCGGGGAGUAGUCUCGGCUUCGUACAGCAGCACGGCCCGGGAUGGAGCUCCGGUCCCCGCUCCCGCAGCCUCCGCUGUCCCGCCCGUCCAGCCCUCCCCACCCCCUACCUCUAACCCUGCGCAGCCCAAUGCCCCUACCCUCGGCGGCCGCCGGUUCUCCUCCUCAUCCACCGCCCCCAAGAUCGACAACAAAACCUUCUUGUGGUCCCGGUACGGGGAGAUGAAGAAGCUGGUGCAAGACCUCUUACCUCCUGGGGUGUGCAACCUUCUGAAUUCGUCUACCAUCUACGCCAACAAUGAAGUGUGUCUCGGAGACAUAGAGAUUUACGGCUUUGACUACGACUAUACUUUGGCGCUGUAUUCGAACGCCCUGCACUCCAUGAUCUUCAACACUGCCAGGGACAUCCUGGUGGAACAGUACAAGUACCCUGCAGGAAUUUUGAAGUACGACUAUCUGCCCAACUUUGCAGUCAGAGGUCUGCACUACGACAUCAAUAAGGGACUUCUUAUGAAGAUAGAUGCCUACCACUAUAUCGAGCUGGGCACAGUGUACAGGGGCCUCAAGCCGGUCCCAGAUGAGGAGGUGAUGGAGCUGUACAAUGGAACAAACCACAUCCCGCUUCACCAGGUCAGCGGGUUUUACGGCAAGGGCCCUGCGGUUAAACAGUACAUGGACAUCUUCUCUCUGCCGGAGAUGAACCUCUUGGCCGUGGCCAAUGACUUUUUCAUCAGCAACCAUAUAGACUAUGAUCCUGUCCAUCUCUACAAGGAUGUCACAGAUGCAAUCCGGGAUGUUCACAUUAAGGGAUUUAUGUACAAGUGGAUCAUGGCGGAUCUUGAAAAAUACAUCCUCCGUGGGGACGAGACGUAUGCUGUCCUGCACCGCUUAGCCCUUCACGGCAGAAAGCUUUUCCUCAUCACGAACAGUCCUUUUAGUUUUGUCGACAAAGGAAUGAAGUACAUGGUGGGCAAGGACUGGAGGGACUUCUUUGAUGUUGUGAUUGUUCAAGCUGAUAAACCCAAUUUCUUCAAUGACUGCAUUAAACCUUUCCGCCGAGUGGAUGGAAACGGAGACCUGAAGUGGGACCGGAUUACUAAACUGGAAAAAGGGGAAGUCUACAAACAGGGUAACUUGUUUGACUUCCUUCGACUAACAGGCUGGCGUGGCUCCAAAGUGUUUUAUUUCGGCGACCACCUGUACAGUGACCUGGCAGACCUGAUGCUGCGUCACGGAUGGAGGACCGGAGCCAUUGUGCCGGAGCUGGAGAGUGAAACCAGGAUUGUCAAUACGGAGCAGUACUCCCAGUCCUUGACGUGGAUGCAGGCGCUAACCGGACUGCUGGAGCGUAUGCAGAAUUUCCGUGACCCAGAGUCUCAGCAGAUUCUACAAGACUGGAUGAGGGAGAGGCAGGAGCUCAGAGCCGUGACCAAGAACCUCUUCAACCCCCAAUUCGGUAGCAUCUUCCGCACCUGCCACAACCCCACCUACUUCUCCAGACGUCUCUGCCGUUUCUCUGACUUGUACAUGGCCUCGAUCAGCUGCCUCCUGAACUAUGACCUGAACUACACCUUCUUCCCCCGCCGCACCCCGCUACAGCACGAGGCGCCCCUCUGGAUGGACCAGCUCUGCACUGGCUGCAUGAAGACUCCCUUCCUAGAAGAAAUGGCCCACAUCCGCUAGAUGCGGCAUCGCCCUAACUAGUCCUAGAACUUGACAUUCUAAGCAAACUCAAGACUAACAAUUUUAUUUUAUUUUUAACUUUUUUUUUUCCAGUGCCGUUUGCACACAGAAGUGUACAGGGUCUACUGGGAAACGCAGAAGAUGCAUUUUUCUUAGUACUUUUAUAAAUAAGCUGGGUAACAGGGUGUACUAAGGUUUUCGAAAGAUCUAUUCCUCUAGUCCGAUAAGGCUCUUUACUCCUUCUUAAUCUUAAUCUGGCUCAUCAGGGUCCGGAUAUUAUGCUGCUGCCCUUGAUAUAAUGUUAGGUCAAAUAGGAGCGGGAUUUUUUUUUUUUUUCCUUUUAAUUUUACUGCCACACUGUCGUACGAUAUGCCGCAGCGUGGAGGUUGAAGACAUCUGGAUUCGAGCUUUGAUACUGAAGAGCUGCACAUGUUCAUAGGGAAGUGUGACAUUUUUUUUGUAUUUAGGAAUCUACCAUCUGUCGUCCGGCAUCUGCUCUUCCGUUUGCCACCUCUGAGGCCUCGUCAUCAGUUCUAUGACUGCCAAACGCUGAUCGAUUAGAGGGUCAGAGCCCGUGGCCGCAAUGUUGCAGAUGUUUAACAAACUUUAUAUUGCAAAAAGCUUAGUGAAGGGGGGUAAUUUGGGGACAAGGGAAUUGUUUUCAUGAUGGACUACAGAACAAUUUUAAAAGUUGCAGAAAACGCACAAUUUUCUUUUUAAAUGUAACAGAAUUUCUCUAAAAAAACAAAUAAAAACAAAAAAAAAAACAGU